AUGUCUGAGCUUGAUAUUUCCAUCGAAUUUGAGGGAGGCCUUGAGCACGAUUUCAAGGCACCAAACGGCCUCAAGGAAAAGGUUCCAGCUGGUAUGAAAUUAGAAGAAUUACCAGCUCUUCUUUCCAAGAAAUACCUCGAUCCAUCCAAGCCAACAAGAUUCCUUGCAGAAAACGGUCACUUAUUGCCAGGUAUCCUCGUCAUGAUUAACGAUGCUGACUCUGAAAUUGACGGAAUGGACCAAAAAUUAUCAUCUGGCGAUCAUAUCACUUUCAUUUCUACACUCCAUGGUGGUUAA